AUGCCCGUCGAUAUGACUCCACGCCAUAAAAUGGGAAUCUCGGAUUUCCGAGAUGCCAUCCUCUCCCAACCGCCGUCCUUCAAGAAGAAGAAGGAGUACAAGAUCGAAGAGCUGUUAGGGAGAGGAGCGUUUGGCAAGGUUGUGCGCGCCACAUGGACUCCGCCAGGCGGGGAGAAGAAGGAGGUCGCUCUCAAGAUCAUCAACAAGAAGCUGGUCAAGGGCAACGAGCAGGCGGUCAUGGAUGAGAUAUCAGUCCUGAAAGGUCUCGACCACCCGCAUAUCGUGCACGUGUGGGACAAUUUCGAGUCGCGGGACAAGUACUAUCUUGCUUUCGAGCUGGCUGUCGGUGGAGAACUGUUUGAUAGGAUUUCAGAGAGGGGGAAGUUUACCGAAAAGGACGCUGUCGAUUGUAUACGCCAAGUCCUCCAGGCAACAGCCUACCUACACUCCCACAACAUUGCCCACCGCGAUCUCAAACCUGAAAACAUCCUCUACAAAACCCGGGACGUAAACUCUCCCUUGGUGAUUGCCGAUUUCGGUAUCGCGAGGCAUUUGGAGACGGAGGAUGAAGAGGUGGAGGAGGCAGCGGGAAGUUUUGGGUAUGCCGCGCCAGAGGUGCUUAUGGCGAAGCCGCAUGGGCUGAGGGUGGACUGUUGGAGUAUUGGAGUUAUCGCGUAUACGCUGCUAUCUGGGUAUCCUCCAUUCAGAAGCGACGACAGGAUGGGGCUGUUGGUGGAGAUGACUAGAGCAAAGAUCAUGUUUCAUGAUCGUUACUGGUCCAAAGUGUCCGGUCCUGCCAAGGAGUUUGUCAAGGCAAUGCUCGAAGUCGACCCGAAGAAACGUCCCACCGCCGCCCAAGCUCUCCACCACGAGGCAACGACCGAGAAUGACCUCUCCGACGCCAUCCGCGCCAACUUUGACGCCAAACGCAAAUGGCGGUCCGCCCUCCGCAUGAUCCAAGCCUCCAACCGUAUCCGCUCCUCCGCCUCUUCCCGUUCCAACACCCUCUCCCCCGACUCGUCCACCCCGGCUUCCCCCGGUACGCCCGCAAGAGAGGCAGCGCAGGCGAUCUUGACGCCGUUGAGCAUGUCGGAUGAAGAUCCGAUGAGCGAUUACUUGUCAGCGGAUGACAGUUCGAGGAGGGUGAGCUUGAUGUCGAAUGAGGGUGAGCUCGGGCAGGGGCAGGCGAGCGGGCAGGAUAGCAAUGGCGCGCUCAAGGGCAAGCCUGCUGUAGCGAGGCCGGGUCAGCAUAGGCAAUCGACUCUCAAGGCGGGCCAUGCGCGAUCUGGCAGCUUGCCAUUUGCUCUGCCAGAGGCCCCGGAGCCAAAGGUCGUCAAGGCCGAAGCGGACGAAGCGGCCAGACCGGAUAUCAAGGUCAAUGGCGAGAGGCAGACAGAGACGGGUCUGCAGACGCCCCCACCGACUGCUGCCGGUAGUGGAAAGAUGAUGGGGAGUAUCAAGGGGAUGAUGAAGGGGCUGAAUCUGUGA